AUGUUGUGUGAAAGCAGUCUGUGGUGGGUGGCAUUUUGUUUAGAAUCUGACUGUGUAGAUUCUCCCACAUGCCACUCAGUCAUGGCUCCCAAAUUCUCUCAUUUGACCUCCAAACCGUCAGCCAAUACUCAGGCUCCAGUCCAUUUCUUUCACAACAGUAUAUCUAGAGAUUCCCAUUCAUCAGAUGGAGAAUCUCAGAUUUCCUCCACAGCACCCCUGGAUUGGCGCCAUCUUUCUCCAGGUAUGGGCAUCCAUGGUAGUGUACCAUCCCCAGUAGCUGAGGCCUUCCUAGUACCCUCCAGUUGCCAGAGCAUUUGCCAAAACUACAGUGACCUGCAUAUAGCUGGUGGCCAAGUGUUGCCUCUUAGUCCAGGAGCUGGAAAUGUGCAGAGCAGUUUUUUGCUGGACCAGCACACUGGACCCUUUCUGCUAUCAAAAGAUUUUCCUCCUUCCUCUCUUCUUCGACCCCAGCCCCCUGAACACAGGAGUUCCCGACGCUGGAGGGAAGUCAGUGGGCGUGAGCGUCCCUCUCUGCUGCAGGAUGGUCGUCCUCUCUCUAACUCUGAGCUAAAUGGCUAUCUAGAAAAGAAGUUGCUGGAGCUGUACACAGAGUAUAUGACUGAAGACACCAUUAUGGCCUCUGUGCUGGAGCAGAUCACGCUGCAGCUGAGCCAAGAACACAAGCUGGAAACAGCCAGGGCUAAAGACAUGCUGCUUAGCUGUCUGAUGAGAGUCACCAGCAGCCAUCAUUCAAGUGAGAUCAGCACCCCAGUGCUGCAGAUUUCCACCCAGACAACUUGAGGAGGAUGGAGAAAGCACAGAAAAAAUCAAAUGUAUCAGAAAAUAUGAUUUUUAUAUAAAAAUUAUUGUGCAUUUAUCAUGGUAGUUCUUAAAACU